GCUGGCCAGCAGACCGCAGUGGAUCCAGUUACUAGGGGUGUAGAGCUCUCCGAAGUUGCCUGCUUGGAGAGAGGUAACUGCUGUGGCUCUGCAUGCAGACACUGUCCAUAUGAGCAAGUUAACGUGAAAGACCAGUCCAAAAAGAAGCGCUUCAACUCAUUUUAUUUUUAA